AUGGAACUGUUGAAGUUGUCCCGUCUUCUUUCCCGAGCCAAAAUCUUGCAGUCUUGUAGACUUCUAUCUAACGGCGUCUCCAGCCCUCAGAAAGCUGCAACAAGGAAGGAAGAGUUCAGUUCUAGACUGGCUGCAGGCCCACAUCUUAAAGAGUUUAUUGCUAUUGCCACUCCAGAAGCUGCUGUACCUUCACCUGUAGAAGAAGAUGCUCCUCAUUAUAUCACUGAUAGUUUUUCACCACCGGUGAAUAAUAAAGUAUUUUUUGAGACAUAUGGAUGUCAGAUGAACGUUAAUGAUACAGAAAUCGCCUGGUCUAUCUUGCAGAAUACUGGAUACGUGAGGAGUAAUACAGCAGCUGAGGCUGAUGUGAUCCUUCUGGUUACAUGUUCAAUCAGGGAAAAAGCGGAACAGACCAUAUGGAACCGUCUAAAGCAACUUGCACAUCUUAAGAAAACCCGAAAUAAAUCCCAAGGUCCUUUGAAGAUAGGACUAUUAGGAUGUAUGGCAGAACGGCUGAAAGAGGAGAUCCUUCAAAGAGAGAAACUGGUGGAUGUACUAGCUGGUCCUGAUGCUUACCGUGAUUUGCCUCGACUUCUCGCUGUGGCAGAAACGGGUCAGCAAGCUGCCAAUGUUCUCCUUUCUUUAGAUGAAACCUAUGCUGACAUCAUGCCUGUGCAAACUUCUGCAAACAGUAUUUCUUCCUUUGUCUCCAUCAUGCGAGGAUGUGAUAACAUGUGCACCUACUGUAUAGUCCCCUUCACUCGUGGCCGUGAACGAAGCCGCCCAGUCCACUCCAUCCUAGAAGAAAUUAGAAUGUUGUCUGCUCAGGGAGUAAAGGAAGUAACUUUACUCGGUCAAAAUGUCAACAGUUACCUUGAUAAGUCUUCAGUCCAGUUCCCUGCUGCAGAGACGUCUCAAAUGAGCCGUGGUUUCAGUACAGUCUAUAAGCCUAAGAAAGGGGGGCUGAGGUUUGCGGACCUUUUGGAUCAAGUCUCCAGGAUAGAUCCAGAAAUGAGGAUACGUUUUACCUCUCCGCAUCCCAAGGAUUUUCCAGAUGAGGUCCUCUACCUAAUAAAAGAAAGGCAUAAUAUCUGCAAACAGCUUCACAUCCCGGCUCAGAGUGGAAGUAACAGGGUUUUAGAAGCCAUGCGUAGGGGGUACAGCAGAGAAGCUUACAUUGAUCUGAUUCACAAUAUAAGAGAACAUAUUCCAGACGUAAGCCUCAGCAGUGAUUUCAUCACUGGCUUCUGCCAGGAGACAGAGGAAGACCACCAACAAACCAUUUCCCUGCUAAGAGAUGUGUCCUACAACACAACUUUUUUAUUUGCCUACAGCAUGAGGAAGAAAACAAAAGCCUUCCACAGGCUGAAUGAUGACGUCCCAGCUGAGGUGAAGAAAAGGAGGCUUGAGGAGCUCAUUGCAGUCUUCAGAGAGGACGCAGAACGGGUCAACAAGAGAUCAGUUGGGAACAAACACUUAGUUCUAGUAGAGGGAGUCAGUAAACGGUCAUCAACAGAAUUAUGUGGAAGAAAUGAUGGUAACAUCAAAGUCAUUUUUCCUGAUGUUCCUGUAGCAAGCAGUUCUGAGGCUGAAGUUCGAGUCAAACCAGGAGACUAUGUAUCGGUAGAGAUAAUUUCAUCUAGCUCACAAAGCCUUAGAGGAAGGCUUGUUGGUCUGGCCAGCCUUCAGUCAUCGCCUGCACAUUCCUGACUAUCAGAGUUUCCAUCUUGCUUGAUAACAGGAUAACGUUUAUA